AUGGGAGACCUUAUGAAAAGACAGUUCAGCAUCUUAGAUUUAUCUGGAAAGAAAUUUCUGGAAUGGAAAGUGGAUGUAAUGAUGAAUUUGAAAGCUCAAGGCUUGGAGCACACUGUUAAAGAAAAUAAAAGUCCCUCUGGUCAAACAACUGAUACUACCACUUCUGCAAUGACUGUUGCAAAACCCGUUACUGAACAAGAUAAGGCAAAAGCCUUAGUGUUGUUAAGGCAUCAUUUACAUGAAGGCCUUAAAACUAAGUACAUGAUGGUUGAAGAUCCCAAAGAAUUAUGGGAUUGCCUUAAUGAAAGAUUUGGACACCACAAAAGGGUGCUCCUUCCUAAGGCAUUAUUUGAUUGGACAAAUUUACGGUUCCAGGAUUUCAAAUCUGUAAUUGAUUAUAAUUUAACUAUACAUGAGAUAGUGUAUAUAUUGAGAUACUGUGAUCAUCCAGUUUCGGAUGAACAUAUGAUUGAAAAAACACUCACUACCUUUCAUGCAAGCAACAUACUGUUGCAAGAGCAGUAUCGUGAAAGAGGUUUUAAAAAGUUCAAUGAAUUAAUGAGUGUAUUGCUUGUUGCGGAACAAAAUAGUGAACUUUUGUUGAAAAAUCAUAACCUGAGACCAACUGGGUAUUUGGCCACUCAUCAUGAGGCAAAUGCAACAAAUUCCUAUCCACCCGAGUCAAAUUCUACAAGAAGAGGUGGACGUGGAAAUUACAAUGGCCGUGGAAGAGGUCGUGGAAAUUAUCGCGGACGCGGCCGUGGUCGAGAAGGGCAGUCAUCUGGAAGCCACAAACAAACUCCUUCGAAAGGAAAAGACACAUGUUACAGAUGUGGCAUGACAGGACAUUGGGGACGUACUUGUCGUACGGCCAAACAUUUGGUAGAUCUUUACCAGGCUUCUGUAAAGGGCAAAGAGAAAAAUGCAGAAGCAAAUUAUGUUAAUGAGGAAAAUGCUCCUUGUCCCAGCCUUGAUGUAUCCGAUUAUUUCAUGGAUAAUGCUGAAAUUGGAAAUGAUUUCAUUCUUGGAGAAAACAACAAUGCUUAG